GUGAUAGAGAGACAUGGAUCAGCUCCUGCAGCCACGAAACAGCUGUUUCAACAAGAAUUCAUAGUAAAUAGUUAAAUGCAGCCAUGCUGGUGUUCAGCAGUAUUUACCCACAGAACUUACCUCAAAACAGUUUAACUUAUGAAUCACAGCCAGUAGAUCCCAUUCAUACAUGUUUUCUGGGGUUAAUAAAAUAAUCCAAAUAUGAUAGUCCUCUUUUCUCUCUCUCUCUGUCUUCAGUGUGACUGUUAUGGCUGUCCUCGUCAGACGUGGCCUUUUUGUGGCCCUGCAUCAUGCCCUCGGGCAGGGUAGCAGCUCAGUCUGCCACCCUGCAUUGCCUGCUGCUCGUCUAGGAGCAUGUAGGACUAAAAGGACAUGGCCUCUGAGGUUCACACAGGAGGAGCUGAGACAGCGCCUCACACCAAUGCAGUACCAUGUGACCCAGGAAAGAGGAACUGAGAGCGCCUUCAGUGGAGAGUUCACGUAUCAAACAGAUGAAGGGACCUACGCCUGUGUCGUCUGUGGGUCGGCCCUGUUCAGUUCCAACUCUAAAUUUGACUCCGGAUCAGGUUGGCCAUCCUUCAGCGACCUCAUGAAGGAGGAAUCCAUUACUAAGGCUGAUGACUUCUCCUAUGGGAUGCACAGAGUAGAGGCUACUUGCAGUCAGUGUGGAGCUCAUCUGGGACACCUGUUUGACGACGGUCCGAGACCCACAGGGAAGCGAUACUGCAUCAAUUCUGCCUCACUGGCGUUUCAGCCUAAAGACACCGCGCCCUCUGCCUCCAGGGGUGAAGCUGAGGGUGGAGCUGCCAGUAGCUCUGCGAGCGAUGAGAAGACUGAGCUGUAAAGAAAAACAGAGGAAAGAAGAAGAAAGCCCCUGAGAUUAGUUCUAUUCUGACUUACUGUGUAAGAAACAGGUGAUUAUGAGGUGAUGUUCAGGAUUCAGCCACUGACCAAAUAUUCUCUGUGAACAGUCAUGCAAGAAGGAAGUUGUGUAUUUCUUUUUGAGCUGCAGAUAAGGAAAAGAUUAGAGGAAAAAUAAGCUGUUUUCAAUCAUUUAAUGAUGCGCACAGGAACACACUUCAUUUAAAGUUCUUGUUACUCUCACUUAUUAAAAUUUGGUUAAUGGAUUGACUUUGGAUUUUAAAAACAAACUGCUGUCGUCUCGUUCUGUCACACCAACCCUCUGCAUGUCCUCCUCUACAUUCAUCAAUCUUCACUCUGGUCUUCCUCUUUGCCUCCUGCCUGCACCGUCCCUCCUCUGCAAAUGUCCUGCCCAUGUUAUCCUGCCCAUCCAGGAAGAAAACCCAGCAUUUAUUCCUCGUGUCUUUAGCACAUACCUCCACCUUUGUGGGGGCUCACCUGCCGGCUCCCUACUCUCAGUACAGAUCCCAACUAUUGCAGUCAUGGAGACUUCUGUCUGACCUCAUCUGUCCACCUCCGUCCCCUGCAAACGAGGACGGGCUCACAGCCCUGAUAUAAUCUCACCCCCACCAUGAACCUGUCUUACCUGACCCCAGGUGCCUUGCUAUCCUCAUGCACUUCCUCUCUCGUGCGUUCUCUAGAUCUUUCUGACCUUCUUUGUAUUUUUUCAUCAACACUGUGGCGCUGCUCUGCUGCUCACUGAUUGUUCCUGGAUUCAAAAACUUGUCCCUACAUGUUCAUGGUAUGGCUGAUCAGCUUCAUCCACCCAAAACCUUUCAUUUCCUGUGUCUGUAUUUGGAUUGUGUCUGCAGAAUUAAACAUGAUCUGGUUUGUAGGCAUGCACACACAAACAUGUAGACAUUGUUAUAUCGUCACUUUGAAAUGAUUAGAUUUUAUGACCAUAUAUUUUUGAAGACGUGGUUGCACACUUAUAUUUUAUUAAUGAUAUAUACACUUGCUCCUUCUUUAGCUCUACCUUGAGAAAUAUUUGCAGUUUUUGGUCACAGUGUGAAUUAAAAUAGUUAACUGGUGAAUAAAAACUAUCCAACACUAUGA